AUGUCUUUAAUACCCAUAUUUAAAGACCUCUCUUUCUAUUCAAACCCAAGUGAUCAAAAAGUUAGAUAUGAUGAACUUACUAAAACCUUCAAAACCAACUUUUCCGAUGAAAAAAUUGAUUUCAUAGCUCGGUCGCCAGGUAGAGUUAAUCUAAUUGGAGAUCAUAUAGAUUAUAAUUAUUUUCCUGUACUUCCAAUGGCUAUUGAAGUUGAUGUUAUUGCUGCUGUUUCAAUAAAUAAUAGGUCUAAUAUAAUCAUCACCAACACAGACCCGUCGUUUAAAAAGUAUAUAAUAGACCUACCAUCAGAUUUGGAGAAUAUUGAUAAUGAUAUAAAAAUGGAUGAAAAUCAUUCAUGGGGUAACUACUUCAAAUGUGGAUUAAUCGUUGCAUCAAAAUUUAUAAAAGAAACAACAUCAAUUUCAACUUUAAAAGGAAUGAGCAUUACAUUUAAUGGGACAGUACCCACUGGUGGUGGAUUAUCUUCGAGUGCAGCAUUUUGUGUUGCUUCUACACUUGCAAUACUAUAUGCUAAUGGAAUCAGCAAGAUCACAAAAUCUGAUUUAACUAGAAUCACCGUGGUUAGUGAACAUUAUGUUGGUUUAAAUAAUGGUGGAAUGGAUCAAUGUGCUUCGAUAUAUGGAGAACAAGGAAAAGCAUUACAGAUUCAAUUUAAACCGGUGAUAAAAGGAAUACCUUUCAGUUUUCCUGUCAAUAAUAUAGUGUUCUUGAUUACAAAUAGUUUACAAGUUUCAAAUAAACAGGAAACUGCCCCUUUUCAUUAUAACUUGAGAGUUGUUGAAAUGGCGAUUUCUAGUGAUUUAUUAGCCAAAAAAUUAAAAUUGGAUGAGAAGAACUUAGUAAAAGAUUCAAACAUUGGUGGAGUUUCUUUGAGAGGGGUCAUGGAAGGCUUCUGUGGUGAUUGGGAAGAUGACGACGUUGAAAGCGGUAUUACAAAUUUGAAUAAAAUGAUUGAAGUAGUUGAAUUGAACUUAACUAAUAAAGAAGGUUAUUCCGUUGAUGAAAUAUGCAAGGAAUUUCAAAUUACACCAGAAGAAUUCAAAUCAAAAUACUUAACUAAAUUUCCAGUACAAUUUGACAAAUUAAAAUUAUAUCAAAGAUCAUUACACGUAUAUAAAGAAAGCCUUCGAGUUUUAAAAGUGAUAAAAUUAUUAUCUUCAAAUUCCACAAAUGCAGCCGAAUUCUUCAAUACGUUUGGUCAAUUAAUGAAUGAGUCACAACAAGAUUUAACUCAGUUGAAUGAAUCAUCAAACACUAAAUUAAAUGAUAUUUGUUCAAUUGCUUUGACACAUGGAAGUUUUGGAUCAAGAGUUACAGGUGCCGGUUGGGGUGGUUCAAUUGUUCAUUUGACUAAUGUUGAGAAAUUACCAAACCUAGUUGAUAAUUUGAGGAGUUAUUAUAAACAAGAAUUUCCAAAUAUAACUGAUGAUGAGUUGAAUGAUGCUAUAAUUGAUAGUAAACCAGGUAUGGGUAGCUGUAUUAUAGAAUUAGAUUAG